ACUGUGUUUUGUUUUCAACAUUCCAUGGUGCUAUUAGCCAUCUAAUCAUCAUAGAUAAGUGGUUAUGAACCCUUUUACUGGUGAGAUAUACAGUAGGCAGGCAGGGGACCAGGGCACAUCAGCUGUCACACGGCUGUCCCAGGGUCAGUCAUGUUCCCCCUCGAGACAGAACACACUGCCACGGGCAGAGGCAUGGCUCCAAGCAGAACUGGAAAUGGCCAAACAACGGCAGGCACAGAAGAGGUUGAUAAAACAUGAAUUGGAAACAGAGAGAAAGAGUGAAGAGACUGAGAGGCGAACAGAUGAGCACAAGAAAACAAGUGAGGCCGAAAGUGAGACAUCCAUCGGCGCAGUCAGUGAGACCGCACAAGCGACAGUGAAUGCAGAGCAGGGAGCGGGACAAGCAUGGCUUCAAGCAGAACUGGAAAGGGCAAUACAACGGCUGGAGAUGCAGAACACUCAGCCAAGGUCCUCUUUGGAUAUUGGCAGUGCCGCAGACAACAUGACGGCCAGCGAUUCGGCACAAUUGACAGCGAAUGCAGUGAGGCAGGGAGUGGGGCAAGCAUGGCUUGAAGCGGAACUAGACAGGGUCAGGCAACGGCAGGCAAUACUGAAGAAGUUUGAGGAUUUUCGGAAACUGAAAACGCGCACAAAGGAAAGGACACAUGAAGAACAUGUAAAGGAGGUGGUGAGGCUGAGAGAGGAAAUGGUGGACAAGCUGCUAGACUUUUGGCCCCAGGAAGAUAACGAAAGAAAGCAGAAGACACCAGAGAUGAAGCAGGAUAGGCGUGAAUCUGAGAGCCUAGGAGCUGGGGCAGCAGGGCAGAGCUUAUGUCAGGCUGAUGAAAGGAAGGUGGAUGAAUUAAGUAGAGUCACUGCUGAGAUGAAGGGAGAAGCAGUGAAGGAGAUGCUGGCAGUGGAUGAAUGCACCACAGAGGAACAGCAGAGCUCUAGUUUCUCUACUGCUGACCUGGAGAAGACAACAGCAGAGGUGAUAAGACAGUGCAUGGAGAAAGUGCAUGGAAAUUACUAUACUUAACUUUAAAACUUUCUAUUGUACACCUAUAUUUGACUGAAAAUUGUGUGUGUUCUUUUAUGAAGAAGAGUUAGAGAGUGUGGUGUUCAUAUCUCACGUCCAAUCAAUUUAUUCAUCUAU